AGCGUCCUGCUCUCCGAGCCGAUCACAUUUCUCAUCGGACCCGAGAAGAAACGAUUCACGAUGCACAAAAUUGCAGUUGCGACUCUUUCAAAAAGUCUGGAUCAACUUGUGAACGGACCCAUGAAAGAAGCUCAGAAUCGCUGCGUUUGCUGGGAAGAUACCGACGAGAAAACGUUCAUCCGCUUCGGUGAAUGGGCAUAUACUGGAGGCUACAAGGCUGAAGGGUCGGAAAUUCUUCUCGACUCUUCCCAGAUCGCGACUUCCGAUCAAGAUCCAUCACCUGUGACGAAACAAGAACCCAUCGCGAAAUCACUAGCUACACUAUUCCAGAUGAUAGACCCUGCGCAACAUUGUGGCCGUGCAGUGGGUUCAUACCCGCCAGUACAAUCCAUGGUCGCUCAAUUCGUCACAAAUGCGGAAUACAUUUUUCCAACGCCGGUGCGCCGUUUGAGUCGCACGAACAAGGAGAGUUGCGAAGUCUACACUCAAGUUUUCCUCUGCCACGCCAAACUCUACGUCUUGGCGGACAAGUAUGAUAUACCAGAGUUGCGUAAGCUCUCUCUGCACAAUCUUCACGAAACCCUGAUACACUUCACGCUCUACCACGACCGCAUCGGAGACAUUAUCAGCCUGGUGAGAUAUUCGUUCGAGAACACGGUUGAACAUGACAAGCUGCGCUCUCUCUUGAUCCAGUACUGCGCCUGUUAUACGAAGGAGAUAACCAAGGGCAAGGAUUUGCAGGAGCUGAUCACCGAAUGCCCGGACUUUGCUUAUGGAAUGCUCAAGGAAUUGGGGCGCCAUUUGAACUGA